AUGAGUUACCUGAUAAUCUAUCUGCUUCUGGCACAAGAAGCAUUGGUCAUACCCUCUUUUUUUGUGCCAAGAUAUCAUAUCGAUGCUUAUGAAGUGUCCAACAUCACACCAUCCUUUUCUUACACUCCACAUCUCACGAAUGCUAUUGAACGCCAAAACAAAACAAAAAAAAGUCCAGCAUUGAAGGCAAUAACUGAAGGUAUAUUGUGGCCCAAAAGAUUGCAAUGUCAGUCAAAUUUAGCCAAUGCAGGUACUGGUAAUGGCUUUAUCGAUUCAGUGAUGAGCUUCUAUGAGCAAUGGGUGUCUGUAGCGGACUAUGAAGGCUGGAUGCAGGGACCACGAAACAGGGUGUCCGUUGAGAUUUAUCUUAUAUCCCAAGUGGUUUUUGAAAUUGGUAAUCGAAAACCAGACGAUAACCACUUGUGA